UGAUACAUUUUUUACUCUAAUUAUUACAGUGAUUUCAUAUUAUUACUUUAACAUAAAAUUGACAUGAAAUCGUUUUGUGAGAGAUGAGCGUCUUCGGGGAUUUUCAGCGUGUGUGGGUGCAACGUUUUCCAGAGAGCACUUUGCCAGCCGCUUGGGAAGAAGAUGUCAGGGCCAAUUUAGCUAAACAUAAACAGAAAGUAGCUAUCCUCAGGGAAGAAUUAGAAAAGGAAGAAUUCUACGUCGAGUAUUUGGAAACGUUACUGUCUGAUGUCGAGAAACAUAAAGCUUCCCAAGGAAGUAGGACGGCGCCGCCCUCAGGGAUUGACACGAAUGACGAUAAAACAUCUGAUAGCAAACAAGAUUCUAACACUGACUCGCUCUCAAAGAAAAGUGAAACGAGUCUUAAGAGUGAUGACUCAGCAGAGGCUCCUGAAUGUGAAGAGGUACACUUGAGAAGCAAACCGGUGAAUUUUGCUGAACGGAGUUCUGUUAACCAAUGCAUAAAUGAAUUGUCAUCAAACCUUGCAGCAGAAGCCCGAAGACGGUGCAACAGUGAAGUUGUAAAACGAACUGAUAAUGAUAUUAGUGAUGUAGAAUCAACUAAUAAAACUCAAGCUAAAAACCGUCCAGCAUCACAAGCAGGUGAUUUUGUAACAGUGAUUGAAGUUAAUGGUUUAAAAGCAGUUGAGAAUGCUGCUAAGAAAUUGGAUGAAUCACCACCGUCCUCCGAAAGUAGUUCUACAGAUGCGGCAUCUGCUACAAAGAAGAAAGUGCCACCAAAGCCACCACCAAAAGUGUUCAACAAACGUGGAGCAUCACUACCAGAAACAGGCUUGGCUGAAGACAGUCCACCUUCGUCGUUGGGAAGAAGACUACGAAACGCCGAGUCCCGAGAAUCUAUUGCCAGCAGAGCAUCUACACCCUCAAUUAGCGAAAGAGUGAAGAGCUACGAGUCGAUCAACUCGCUGUCGUCCGAACGCAAGCGCUCCGGCGGCGCGGCCACCCCGCGCUCCAUCGACGAGGAGGCCACGUCCUGCACGCCCGACCCGCCCGACGCCUCCGACGACAAGUCGGCGCCCAUAUCGCUGGAGAGCAUUCCCGCCGUCGUGCCCUCCGCCGAGGACGAACCCUACUACGACCAAGUCCCGGUGGAUAUCAACGACGGAGAAUAUGUUUAUAUACAAGCAGACGGGCGGGACCGCUUCCGCGCGCUGUCGGACUGGGGCGUGGUGCCGGCGGGGUCGGAGGACAGCUCGAGCGCCAGCACGCUGCCGCUGGCCGCGUCCGCGCCGCCCGCGCCAGACUCGCCGCUGUGCGCCACCGCGCCCAACUACGUCAACAUACACUACUUCAUACAACAAGCUGGCGAGGGUACCGAACCAAGCGAGACGAGCUCCGAACUAGCGGACUCUAGCGAUACCCCGCUCCUGCUACGUACCAUUUCAUCCGACACUGAAGCCAGCGCUACACCGCCGGUAUUGAGGAAACUUCAACAUCAGGAGUCCAAUAUCAGCAGCAAUGCAGAGGCCGAGCGUCUUACGAUGCACCGCUGCAUCGUCACAAGUAUUAUAGAAAGCGAGAAUGUGUAUGUGGAAUGCCUAUAUGUUAUGGAGAAGUACAUGAACGCUAUAAAAGCCACACUGUCCACGUCUCAACCUGUUAUAACGGAGGAAGAGUUCGGUACAAUAUUCUAUAAAAUAUCGGAAUUGCACGACUUGCAUAAGAGUUUCCUUGAAGGCCUAAAAAAUGCCGUCGCCAGCUGGGAAGAACCAUUGUCUGUCGGCAUUCAUUUUAAAAAAAUGGCUGAGAACAUAAAUGUAUACGGGGCAUUUCUCCACAACUACGGUCGCGCGACGGACGCGGUGCGGCGGCGCUGCGCGAGCUCGCAGCGCUUCGCCGACCUCACGCGGCAGAUCGCGUGUCGCGGGCAGCCGAUGUCGCUCGAUGACCUCCUGCAUAAGCCUGUAGCUCGUGUGCAGAAAAAUGCACUGGUUCUACACGAUCUCAUCAAGUACACACCGGCGAGUCAUCCUGACCAUGCUAUGUUAACCGAGGCGUUGAAUAUGACACAACAUUUCUUAGACGAAUUCAAUAUUAUACAAACUAAGUCCAUGUUUCCGAACGCGGAUAGAGCACAGCGAAGACUCGUAAAAAACUCUUUCAUUGUCGAACUAUCGGAUGGGCAUCGAAAAUUAAGGCAUCUAUUUCUUUUUAACGACGUUAUCGCCUGCGCUAAAUACAAGGCUUCCGGGAGGGAUAAAUUCACGUUCGAGCUGAAGUGGUUCAUCCCGCUGCCGGACAUCGUGGUGGUGGACGAGGAGGGCGCGGCCGAGCGCGAGGCGUCGCCCGCCAACAUCGUGGCGCUCAAGUCGCAGGCCUGCACCGUGCGCGACCUCAUCCUCGCCGAGGAGCGCGCCACGCAGGACGACAAGAAAAUACGCCUGGGUGGUCGCGGUGCGGCGGAAAAACAGCGGAAGAAACUUUCGGAGCUCGAAGGGCAGCUUGUUCUGGCAUCGCCUAAUCUGGUGUUCCGGGUGGGCGCCCGGGCUCCGGGUUCCACCUCGCUGCAGCGACAGCACAUAUUCUUCCUCAGCUCGGAAUAUGAACGCACGCAGUGGAUUGAUUCCAUUCACGCACUGCAGGCGUCGUCUGCUCCUCCCGCCGGAACCAGUACCGUAUCAAUGUUAGAACUUCAAGGCUGGGUGACGGCGUGUCGCAGCUAUCUGCAGACAGAUAUGGGCUCCUACCUCCUUAGGAGCGGUAGAGAUGAUUCUUUGCUGCUAGGAGACUUGCAACUACAUAUAGGAGGCAUGACUGCUCCUUUGGAUACUUCAGCUGACUAUUACAUCGUGGUGGAGGUGGAUUCGUACGGGCAUUACUUCCGGAAGGCGAAGUCGAAGCUGGUGUGUCGCAGCGCGCAGCCGCGUUGGAACGAGAGCUUCACGCUCGACCUCGAGGGGUCGCAGAACUUGCGGCUGCUGCUCUACGAGGACGCCGCCCGCCCGGUACUGCGGGGGAAGUGUACACUUAAGCUGUCCCGGGAGUGGGUGGGCGAGAGCGUGUCGCGGACGGUGUGCGUGGGCGGCGGCUCGCUGCCGCUGCGCGUGCGCGUGUUGCCGCCCGAGCGCUCCGCCCGACACGUGCCCAGCGCCAAGCCCGGCGCGCUCUUUGGUGCCAAGAUCACGCACGUCGCCAAACGUGAAAAACGCAAUAUCCCCUUCAUCAUAAGUGCGUGCGUGCGUGAGGUGGAGCGCCGCGGCAUCGGCGAGGUCGGCAUCUACCGCGUGUCCGGCAGCGCUUCUGACCUCAACCGGCUCAAGAAGAGCUUCGAGACCAAUGCAUACGAAGCGGAACAGUUGUUAAAAGAGGUGGAUGUACACUCUGUGACUGGAGUGUUAAAACUAUAUUUACGUGAAUUGCCUGAGGCAUUGUUUACUGACGCUUUAUAUCCAGAAUUGUUACGGGCUUGGGGAUCAACACAGGGUGCUGGGGCGUCUUCCGAUUCAGGGCCAGCACACACAAGGCGCCACGCUCUACUCAAAUGUUAUGCACAACUUCCAGACCUUAAUAAGAAUUGUAUUGAUUUUCUCCUUAAUCAUUUUGUCAAAGUUAAUCAGCACGAAAGCGAGAACAAGAUGUCCCUGCACAACUUGGCUACCGUAUUCGGGCCGACGCUGCUGCGGCCGAGCGCGGCGGGAGGCAAGCUGCGCGCCGACCAGCUGGCGGCCGGCACAGUGGACGCAAUGGCGCAGGCCGGCAUUCUCUAUACGCUGCUGCAGCAACGACACCUCGCGCAGCACCUGUCCGCGCACCGCCCGCAUGCCAACCCGCCGCCGUUACUCGACUAAACUUCAUAUUGAGUCAUCGUAUCUGUUAUGCCAUCGACCUAAUUAUUUUUCAAUUUAACGAUACUAUUUAAUUGCUUAUAUUUGCGUCGCACUCAUAAUUUUAGUUUGAAUGAGACAAUCGAUCAUGUAUUUAUUAAAGCAUGAGCUAAAUGUCAGUUGAAACAUUCAUUUCAAGCUUACAUAAACUCAACAGGCGCACGCUUUUUGUAUGUCUCAUGUGCAUCCGUUUUUUAACACGGAGAUUGAAUAAAGAGCAAAUUAUACAUUGAUUAUAAAUAGUUUCUUGCACGAUAAGAUAUUGAGUGUUCAAGAAAAACUAAUUGUAGAUAAUGUUAUUCAGUUACAAGAUGGAUUAUAUUCAAAACCACUGCCAACAGUAUUAUCAAAUAAAACUUUAUUUCUGCAUUCGAUGAUGUCAAGAAGCUGUUGUUAAAAAGCAUUUUUUUCAAUACCGAAUCGUAACGUUCGCAAAGGUUUCAUUAGUAUAAUGAGUCCAAACAAAUCUUAGGAAUACAUAUAUCCCUAAGCUUCUUCGUUUUACAUGUGCAGGUUUUUUUUUUCACUUAUAGUUUAUGUACAUUAUCUUUAUACCAUCAAGUAUGUUUUAUAAUAAGCAAUUUUAAUAUAUAAACAAUAGCUCAAAAUGAAUAUUUCUUUGCCAUACUUAAUAUUUUGAUAUUCAACCCAUUGUAAAGUGAUACAUAAUAGUUGUAUAAAUCCUAAGUCACUAAAAUUUAUUAACUAGUAUUAUUAUCAUAUUUAAAUUGGAUUCAUAUUUUGUCAUCACAAAUUCCGAGAUGUCACUCUCUUUAACCUAUUUAUACAAAAGAUUAACUUAUGGCACGAGCUAUAAUUAUGUGAAAUAAUAUCACAAAAUGCACUUUCUGCCCCGACUGGGUAUUUUUUUUUAUAAUCCGUUUAUUCGAGAAUCGAUUUUAUCGAACCUAAUUAUAUAAGAACACCAUAAAUAACGAAAUAAGUAUUGAUAGUCAUAUUUUAAGAAAAAGUUCGACUAUGUCGUAAUAAAUUAUUACAUUUAGAGUUAUUUUACAAGUGCUAGUGACAAGGUAUAAAAAGAAACAUUCUAACAUAUACAUACAACUAAGUAUAUUUGUAUUUCUAUAUUAUAUUUUGCAUGCUUUUAUAUUGCAAUCGUUGUUAAAACAUUCCAUAAAAACGAAACAGACUGAAUGUAGUAAUAUCUUUUAGAAUGUAUUUUGCACAAUAUCUAGACACUGGGGUGUAGGUAACAAACAAUGUUUCCUAAAUCAAUAUAUAUAUAUCACAAUCAGUGCAGUGCAGUUUCAAUUUUUGAAUUAAAAUUUACACAAUGGUUAAAGUAAAAAGACAGACAUAAAAAAUUUUUUUUUGGUUCAUUUAUUUAAUUUAAAUGUUGUUUUCAUUAAUUACUUUUUGAAGUUAUAGGUAAGUAAGUGUAUAUGACUUUCUAUAUUUUGAUUUUUUUAGUUACCUACUUCUUAUAUUACUGUAUUAUGUACACACACAAUGUACAAGAAAACGAUCCCUAAUGUUGGUAGUAAUUGUAAUUGUGUAAGCAUCUUAUUUGCAUUUCAAUAAGUAUUUAAAAGGGACCGAAAAUAUAAAAAAUAUUAGCUUAAUACAAUGGACUGAUAUUAAUAACUUUGUAGGUUUAUUUUUUUCUCAAAAAUCUUAAUUUUUUUGUAAUGAUUGAACGAAACAAAUGAAAUAUUAAAUUAAACCCAUUUUACAGCAUUUCAAUUACUAGUCGUGCAUAUUAUAGUAUUAUGUUCACUUCAAUCAAUAAAAUGAUAUAAAACGGAUAUUGUUUCUGCAUAUUAAACCGAUAGCAUAACCUUCUCAAAUGUUAUUCACAAGUAGUGUUUACGAUGUUAAAUUAGUACUUAAUAUAUGACAAGCUACCAAAAACGAAAAAUUUAGAACAAAGUUAUGUUUCGUUUAUAAUUUCUAUAGAUUUUGUUGAUAACCUUUAACAUUAUUGAUGAUUCUUUUAUAUUGUUGAGUAAUAUAUUUGUCCCUUAGUGUAGUUUCUUUUUUUUUCAAGACUUUCUCUCACCAAAGAUCCCAUGUAAUAAAGCAAGCAAGUAGCAAGCUUUACUUGUCAAUUUAUGAUUUUAUUCUUAAAUUUUCAGCACAUUGUCUUACUCAUUACAUACAUUUUUUCUGAAACAUUUUAUUGGUUUAAUAUAAUCUUUUAUUUAGGUUAGAAUGAAAUUGUUUGAUAUAUGUCAUAAGUAUAUUAUAUAAAUAUAAAAUACUGGUUUAAUUAAUGCUCGACCAUGAAAUUAAUUUUGUUUGUCUACAUUCUUAGUGAAUUUUGAAAGCCAUGUCACAUACAUGCACAUGCCACACCAACAACCUUUUGUUAAAAAUUGUACAAAUAAUGAGUCAAUAUUACAACUUUUACUUUUAUUAGUAUAUGUUUCGAUUUUUUUAUGAAUUUAUUCGAAUGAGUCUCUCUAAGAAGAUAGUAUUUGUUCAUAAGGAAAAGUUAAUUAAAAAACACAUAUUCAGAGAUUAAAGAGGCAAAAUAUUUAGUAAAAAUUAUUGGUACAGCUUUAACACUUUCACUGCCUUCUACCUAACCUGUUAAUGAUGAAAAAUACAUUGAUGCUGUUGCUGUGGUGUGUGAUGCUUUUCAAAUAUAUUUAAUAUUAAUGAUUAAGGGAUAUCACAAAAAUCUUGUAAUAGAAAACAAUGGUUUUGUACUGUACUUUGAUAAUAGUUAUUUUAUAGCUUACCAUUUAUAACCAGCCUCAUAUAUAUUCUAUUCUUUAGUUAAUUUUAGAUUUUACCAUUAACAAAAUUUUAUUUGAGGUGAGACAUAAAUAAGGUAUUAGUAAAUUCAAUGCAUUAAGUUAAUUUCUUUAUUAACAACUUUUCAUAUAACAGUACAUAAUUGAUUUGAUUUGUUGAAUAAACUCAUUCUGAUUUCAAAUAUUUGUAACAUUUCCCUUAUUAACUAUAUUUGU